AUGGAGCUAACUAGGAUGCGCAGUACGGCUGAUAAUAAAGCUUUGAAGUAUCGACUACCAACAAAAGUCAAACCAUACCAUUACGACCUCAUCGUUAAAACCGACCUUGAACAACUGAAGUUUGAGGGAUUUGUUAAAAUAAGUCUGGACGUUAAAGAUGACACAUCAGAACUUGUCCUUCAUGUAAAGGAUUUGGAACUGCGGAAAGCAUGGGUGUCGUCUGAUUGCUGGACCUCAGAAAAGGAUGUUGAUAUCUCCUCCAUUGACGACACUCUGGAGCGGGUCACCUACAGGAUGCCUGAAGCCCUUACAACAGGUUCUAAAGCUGCUUUAAAUAUCCGUUUCUCCGGAAGUCUUACCGGAAAUAUGAUGGGAUAUUAUCGAUCGCGCUGGGAAACUCAGGGGAAGACACAAUACUACUCAUUGACGCAAUUUGAGGCGACUGCUGCUAGACGAGCUUUUCCCUGUUGGGAUGAGCCUCUUCUCAAAGCAACAUUUUCUGUGAUAAUGAUCUCGCGCAUGGGCACCGUGAACCUAAGUAACAUGUCCGUUGUCAGCGAGAGGCUUCUCGAGGAGCUCGAUAGCAGCAUAAUAUCAACCGAUCGUAACAAUCUCUUCUACCCUUUCUCGAAGGGGGAGUGGAAGGUGACCAAGUUCGAUGUAUCUCCCCCAAUGUCCUCCUAUGUCGUGGCGUUUGCGAACGGUCCUUUUGCGUUCAUAGAAAGGUCUAUUAAAAUGCCUUUGAGUGGCAGAACUAUUCCAUUGCGGAUCUACUCCACUCCAGAUCUCAUUGGACAAGCACAAUUUGCGCUUGAUGUAAAAGCUGCCGCAUUGCCGCUCUACGAAAAGAUGUUCGGCGUCGAGUAUCCGCUUCCCAAACUCGACACCCUUGUGGCGAGUGACUUUGACCCUGCUGCAAUGGAGAACUGGGGUCUGAUUACGGGACGGCUGAGCUCCUUGCUAAUUGACCCUGACCGUCCUGAUACUCGAGCGAUGAAGGAGGUGGCAUCAAUCCAAAGCCAUGAGGUGGCGCAUAUGUGGUUUGGAAAUAUAACUACCUUGAAAUGGUGGACAUAUGUUUAUCUAAAUGAAGAAUUUCGUCUUGGUAUCGAAUUUAUUAAUAAGCACCUUGUUCGAGCGCUUAAGCAGGACGCCAAGCUGUCCUCCCAUCCUGUUCAAGUUGAUUCCCCAGAUGCUAGCGAUAUAAACCAAAUCUUCGACAAUUUAUCGUACUCCAAGGGAGCGUCUGUACUUCUCAUGCUGUCCUCUUUUGUGGGGGAAGAAUCCUUUUUGAAAGGGGUUUCCAUCUACCUCAAGAAAAAUUUGUUUGGCAAUAGUGUCACGCGCGACCUCUGGGAUGGCAUCAGCGCAGCUACGGGCCUCGACAUAGGCGAGCUCAUGAAUUCCUGGAUUACCGCAACUGGAUAUCCUGUAAUCAGUGUUACUGAGAAUGCGAACGGAAUUAUUGUGCGUCAAGAUCGGUUCUUAGAAGCUGGACAUGCAUCUCCAGAGAAUAAUCAAACACUAUGGACUGUACCGUUGGCAAUCCUGAUGAUUGAAAAUGGCCGGUCGGUUAUUGAUAGAUCUGUCCUACUAAAAGAACGCGAGAACUUCAUUGCCUUGGACACCAAUAAACCAUAUAAGUUAAAUGCUGGUACCCAAGGAGUUUAUCUAGUUUUAUAUACACCUGAGCGCUUGUCUCUACUUGCUGCAGAAGCCAAGAAAGAAAAUUCACUCCUUGACGUUAAAGACCGACUUGGCCUCAUUCACGACACAAUAGCGUUGGCUUUAGCCGGAUAUUCCAAGCUCAGCGUUGCCUUGACUUUUGUUUCCCAGUUCAAUUUUGAGGAAGAUUAUAUGGUCUGGCAAGCUAUCUCUGAUAAUCUUGCAGAUAUUCAAGACAUAUGGUGGGAAUUCCUCGCUAUCACAAACAAGUUCCAAGAGUUCCGCCGGUCUCUCUAUUCGCCUCUGGUAUCAAAACUAGGCUAUAACUAUCCCGCCGGGGAACCUUUGAAUGCAAAAAUUUUGAGGACGCUAGCUAUUUCGCAAGCAUGUGACGCUGGCGAUGAGUGCGUCGUUUCUGAGCUAAAACGUCGAUUCGACGCCUAUAUAGAGACUGGGGACGACUCGCAGAUACCGGUAGACCUUCAAAACACGGUUUACACGACUGCUACCCGAUAUGGUGGUAUGAAGGAGUAUAGAAUUAUGCGCAACAUAUACGAUAAUCCCAAGUCACCCACCCAGCAAAAUUCGGCUAUUUUUGCAAUGGCAAACACGCAAGACACCGAUCUGCUUGAAGAAACAUUGAUAUUCGUAUUAAAUAAUGCAAGAGAUCAGGAUAUCUUGAUUUUUGUCGUUGCGCUGGCCAAAAAUUACAAGGCGAGAAGAAUGUUGACAACAUUCAUAAAAGAAAACUACGACCAACUUGUUGACCGAUUCAAAGGAACCAUGUCAUUCAGCUAUUUAAUUUCGCGAGCAUUCCAGUUUUACUCCUCUAAACAGGAUUAUCAGGAUAUUGUUGAUUUCUUCAAGGAUAAAGACACCUCAGAUUAUAACAAGUCCUUAGCACAAGGUCUAGAAAGUAUCCAUACCAGAGCAAAUUGCAUUGAGAGGAAUACGCGGGAUCUAAAACAAUGGUUGUCCAAGUUUUUGAAUUGA